UUCUUUCUCAAUCCUUUCUGCUGCAGCCGUAUUCGUCUUUGAGAUAACAAGGACUUCUGUUUAUUUUCCCGUCUUUAAACUCAUUUUUAAAGAGACACCAUGUCGGGUGACGAGGCUGCUCCAGUUGUUGUUCCUCCCGUUGCUGAGCCAGCGGCCAUCAUCCCAGAGGAUAUGGACCUGUUGACCGCAUUGGAGUUGACUCUUAGGAAAGCUCGUGCUCACGGUGGUGUUGUCCGUGGGCUCCAUGAGAGCGCUAAGCUUAUUGAGAAGCGUGUGGCUCAGCUCUGUGUCUUGGCUGAAGACUGCAACCAGCCUGAUUACGUGAAGCUUGUUAAGGCUCUAUGCGCUGAUCACAACAUCAACUUGCUUACUGUUCCAAGUGCCAAGACCCUCGGCGAGUGGGCUGGUCUCUGUAAGAUUGACUCCGAGGGCAAUGCCAGGAAGGUUGUUGGAUGCUCAUGUCUUGUAGUCAAGGACUACGGUGAGGAUACAACUGCCCUCAAUAUUGUCAAGAAGCACAUUGAAUCCAACUAAGUUUAAGGCGCAUUUUAAAUCUCGAAUUUCUCAAUGCCUGUUUUAUCUUGGUUUUAAUAUUUUAGCAAACAGCUCUCGCGCUUUGUUUUGAACAUGAUCAAGUUUUGCUGUUAUG